CGUUUCCCAACCUUCCUUUUCAAGUCUGCGCGGAAAUCAACAAGAAUGGCCGAGACAACGCAGUUCCCGAAAACUCGUCAAGUGGUUUGGUUCUACCUCUGCUGACCGCUAAGUGUGUGAAGGAAAGAAGGAAGCUGUCGGAAUAAUGAAGGUCUUCAUACUUAUGGCGCUGGUUGCAGUAGCGAGUGCAAUGGGUGAAGAUAGCCACAGCCACUCUCAUGAAGAUAUAACGGAUACCGGGAGAAUCUUUGGUGUUGGGAGGCUUUCUGCAAUGUGUUCAACGAAGUUCCAAGCGUGCAUCAGCAUUUCGCCGCUCUCUGGAACUUGCUUUGAUCAGCUUAUAGAUUGUGAUAAUAGGGUAACGGUUAAUAUAGGUGGAAAAGCUACUGGCACAACAGGUGGAACGACAGGUGGAAAAGCUACUGGCACAACAGGUGGAACGACAGGUGGAAAAGCUACUGGCACGACAGGUGGAAAAGCUACUGGCACAACAGGUGGAACGACAGGUGGAAAAGCUACUGGCACAACAGGUGGAACGACAGGUGGAAAAGCUACUGGUACAACAGGUGGAACGACAGGUGGAAAAACUACUGGCACGACUGGUGGAACGACAGGUGGAAAAACUACUGGCACGACAGGUGGAACGACAGGUGGAAAAGCUACUGGCACGGCAGGUGGAACGACAGGUGGAAAAGCUGGUGCAGCGGCAGGUGGAACGACAGGUGGAAAAGCUGGUGUAGCGGCAGGACGAUAACUAAGUCGCAUAAAACUUGUGUACCAUGAUUAAUAAAAUAAGCCAAAGUU